CAGUUAAGAGUGGCGCCUACAAAGUACAAACUCUCCCAAACCCUGAAAGAGUGAAACCCCAACAACUUCCGAAAUGGUCCAAUUCCACGAGCACAUAAUCGCCGACCUUCUCGACGAGCCGCCCAACGGCACCGGCCUGGUGAUCCUCUCCUCCGGCCUCUCCCUCCCCAAACUCAUCUCCUCCCUUCUCCUCCUCCACACUCCUUCUCAGGGCACCCUCCUCAUCCUCUCUCCCCACAACCCCUCCUCCUUCAAAUCCCAACUCCUCCACCACUUCCACCCUAACCCCAUCCCCGAAAUCACCGCCGACCUCCCCGCCACCCACCGCAACUCCCUCUACUCCUCCGGCAACCCCUUCUUCAUCACCCCCCGCAUCCUCAUCGUCGAUCUCCUCACCUCCCGAAUCCCGACCUCCCAGAUCGCCGGCCUCGUCAUCCCCGCCGUCCAUUCCCUCUCCGAGACCUCCACCGAGGCCUUCAUCGUCAGGAUCUUCCGGUCCCUCAACAAGACGGCGUUCGUCCGCGCGUUUUCCGAUAAGCCGCACGCGAUGGUCUCCGGGUUUGCGAAGACGGAGAGGACGAUGAAGUGUUUGUAUAUGAGGAGAUUGCAUCUCUGGCCGAGGUUCCACGUGGAGGUUUCGAAUGAGCUGGAGAGGGACGCGCCGGAGGUGGUGGAUAUUAGGGUUCCGAUGACGAAGUACAUGGUGGGGAUUCAGAAGGCGAUUCUUGAGGUCAUGGAUGCUUGCUUGAAGGAGAUGAGGAAGACGAACAAGGUCGAUGUGGAGGACUUGACUGUCGAAAACGGGCUGUUUAAGUCGUUUGAUGAGAUUGUGAGGAGGCAAUUGGAUCCGAUUUGGCAUACAUUGGGGAAGAAGACCAAGCAGCUUGUGUCUGACUUGAAGACCCUCAGGAAGCUCUUGGAUUACCUUGUUAGAUAUGAUGCGGUAACUUAUUUGAAGUACUUGGAUACACUGAGAGUGUCGGAGAGUUUUCGAUCGGUCUGGAUAUUUGCAGAGUCGAGUUAUAAGAUAUUUGAGUAUGCAAAGAAGAGGGUUUAUCGAUUUGUCACAUCCGGUGGGGUGGAUUUGAGUGAGCAGAGUAAGAGUUUGAAGGGCAAGAAGAGAAAACUGAAGGGGGAUGAUGAUAAAGAGCAAGAUGUUGGUGGCACUUCAACGACCAGUGUAGUUUUAGAUGAAGUUUUAGAGGAGCCACCAAAGUGGAAGGUCUUACGUGAGGUUCUAGAAGAGAUAGAAGAAGAAAGACAAAAGCAUGCUUCAUCAAGAGAAGAACUUCUGGUUGAAGAUGAUGUAGAAGAUAGUGACAUUGUUCUAGUGGCAUGCAAAGAUGAACGAUCAUGCAUGCAGCUUGAGGAUCUCAUCAAUAAUGGUCCACAAAAGGUCAUGCGGGAAGAAUGGGAAAACUACUUGUUGGGCAAGGGACAACUGCGUGACUUGCAUACACGCUAUAAAAAGAAACCAAAGAAAGCCAAAGGUUUUGGUAUUCUUGAUGGAGUUGUUCAGACAACCGCCCCCCAGAAUACAGAAGCUAGCAGCAUAAACAAGCAGGAACAUGAUGCUCUUUUGGCUGCAGCUUCUGCAAUUAGAAAUCGAGCUAAAAAAGAAGAUGCUAUUGGAGAUGAUCCCCAGCUUAUUGUUAGUGGCCGAGGACGUGGAAAGGGAAAGGGGAAAGUGGUUCCUGCGAAGUCUCCACAAAAUGCAGAAGCUAGCAGUGUAAACAAGCAGGAACCUGCUUCAGGAUCAGAAGUUAGAAAUCAAACUAAAAAAGAUAAUGCUGUUGGAGAUGAUCCUCAACUUCUUGUUGGGAAGGGGCGCGGAAAGGGAAAAGGAAAAGGAAAAGUACGGAACAGAAAAGGCGCAGCUAGUGUUAAGACUUUGGGGAAUAAAGUCGGCAGUGAUGAUAAAAAGGAAGAAACAAAUGAUACACUAGUUAUUUCUGAUUCAGAAAAUGAAGGCCACGCAGAUGAAAUCCAUCAGUCAGCCGAUUCCAGUGAAGCUGCUUUCCAGGGUGACCCUGUAGGUGAAGGGGUUUUGAGGAAGCAUACUGGACAGCCUCAUUCUACUGAAUCGAGAACUGCUAAGCCACUACCUCCGGUGCACUUUUAUGCUCUCGAAAGUGGUCAACCUAUACUUGACAUUUUGAGACCUUCUAUGAUUGUUGUUUACCAUCCAGAUAUGACUUUUGUCAGGGAAAUUGAAGUCCAUAAAGCUGAGAAUCCCUCAAAGAAGUUGAAAGUAUAUUUUCUUUUCUAUGAAGAUUCUUCUGAGGGUCAAAAGUUUGAGGCAAGCAUUAGAAGGGAGAAUGGAGCAUUUGAAUCUUUGAUCAGGCAGAAGUCACUGAUGAUGAUACCAGUUGAUCAGGAUGGAAACUGCAUGGGAUUGAAUUCUUCUCUAGAACCCGAAGUGUCUUCCCAAAACUCUAUAACUAGAAAAGCAGGGGGAAGAAGGGAGGUUGAGAAACAAAUGCAGGUCAUAGUGGACAUGAGGGAGUUCAUGAGCAGCCUUCCAAACGUUCUCCACCAGAAGGGCAUGCGCAUAAUACCUGUGACCUUGGAAGUUGGGGAUUAUAUCCUUUCUCCAUUAAUAUGUGUGGAGAGAAAGAGUAUUCAAGAUCUUUUUAUGAGCUUCACAUCAGGCCGCCUAUAUAACCAAGUCGAGACUAUGGUGCGCUACUAUAGAAUACCUGUCCUCCUGAUUGAAUUUUCACAAGACAAAAGCUUCUCAUUUCAGUCUGCAAGUGAUAUUGGGGAUGAUGUCACGCCAAAUAGUAUUAUUUCUAAGUUGUCGUUGCUUGUUCUACAUUUCCCUCGGCUACGAAUCAUCUGGUCUCGCAGUCUGUAUGCUACUGCUGAAAUCUUCACUACUCUCAAGGCAAAUCAGGAUGAACCUGACGAGACAAAAGCAACUAGAGUCGGUGUACCCUCUGAAGAUGGGAUCAUAGAAGAUGACGUGAGGGCUGAAAAUUACAAUACAUCUGCCGUGGAGUUCUUGAGGCGACUCCCAGGUGUGACAGAUUCGAAUUACAGGGCUAUAAUGGAUGGUUGUAAGAGCUUGGCAGAACUUGCUCUUAUGCCAGUGGAGAGGCUAGCCGAAUUAAUGGGUGGUCAUAAAGCAGCUCGGACGUUGAGAGAGUUCCUUGAUGCCAAAUAUCCAACCCUGUUAUGAAGCUUCCUCAUACCAUUGCAAUUGUACAGUUAGAGCUUAGAACGUAAGAAGUAGCGCCAUUUAUUUUAUUCAUUGAGAAAUUUUUCAUUUGCAUCUUCUUGUUGUAUUGAAGUUUUGCCUACCAUUUUCCAUUGUCAUUCAUUGUAAUUUACAAAAUUGAACAGAGUUACUUUGCCAUGCCAUUGGCAAUUCAUUAUACUAUUAGAAAUUAGAAUUUGUAGUACUCAUAAUAUAAAUACAAAUGUUAAGGUUUUCCUUUCUCAAAUUUUUCUUUCGUAGAUC